CUUCCUUUUUGGAUCGCCAGGUGUCGUGGAUGAGAAGCAAAGACCUGCACAUCCUGACGUCGCACGUGUUCGUGUUCACGAGUGACGGCCGGUUCGCCGUGUCCCACCCGGAGGGGGACUCCGCCUCGUGGGGCCUGCGGCUGCGGGGGGCGCGCCCCGCCGAUCAGGGGCUCUACGAGUGCCAGGUGAACACCGAGCCCAAGAUGAAGCAGGCAGUCAUGCUCACUGUCAACGGUAUGGAGUUGAUUG